UCCAUUCCACCCCCGUUCACCCCGUCCAUUUGAUUUGCGUUUAGUGCGUUGCGUUUCUUGGGUUUCUCCUAGUUCGGAAGGAGCACCUCCUUCCUCUGGCACUCCUGUUCUCCGCUCGGAGAAAGGUAAUGCAAUCGACCUCCAGCAAUGGAGGAGCUCCCGCUCUCUCUCUCUUGCUCCGUUCCUGGGUGCGUGGACGUUGCGCUGUUCCGGCGAACCGCCGCCGCAGCCGGCGUUGUAAUGCCUCCCCUUCCUGAUCAUGUCCGGCUGCGGCGACCGACGGCCGCGCAGGCAGGAUGUAGUAUCAAGUACUAGUAGGAACGGCACUCUGCUCGGCGUCUUGGACCCCUGAUCGAUGAUCCGGGGGAGGUCAUGCCAAAAAUUUCUCCUGGCUUCUCUGAACCUGCUGCCACUCUGCAGGGGGAGGUGCUGCCUCUGCAUGCAGUUGCUCGAUCUCCUUGCACUGGUAGCAAAAAAGAAAAAAAACAGUUUUUUUUUACGUUUCUUGCACCAGGGGAUAGCGUGAGAUCCGGUGGAUUAUUAGGGGUUUAUGCAACAACCUGGGUCAACUGCCACUUGAGGAGAUCGCUCGAGUGGGGGGACUAGACCAUGCUUGUCCCGCAGGAAAGAUGGUGAUGCUUCUGGAUCUGGGGUUUAGCUAGCAUCAUGCUCCGGGUUUAAGGUUGCAAUAAUUAUUUUUCCCACAGAACGCUAGAUCCGGCGGUGUUCUAUGCUUAUUUCUAUUUUUUUAUUUUAUAAAGAAUAUUAUUUUUUGAUGAUUUUCGUCUGAUAACUUGAUAAGUUGUUGGCUUUAUCCGUUCCUCCACCACGCCAUGUGCACCUGUCUCGGGAAAAGAGACAGACUGACGGCUCUUGGUUCUUGUGCUAAUUAAUGACCAUGAAGAGCCUAGAACCAACGGAGGUGCUCUGCCGCGUCACUCUUCGUCCUUGCCUGCUUUGGUUUCAACGGAUUUUGGAGCCGGGAGCCAUUGGUGCGCAAGGCCAAGCUUUUUCCGUCUUGGAUUCCAUCGACGUGUCUUUGUUGGUUCCUCCCGUGAGAUCUGUAUAAAAGAAGCCUCCCCCCUUCACCAAUCCUUGGCCUUCGGAAGCUUUCCUUCUCAUCGAUUCUUGCUUGAGGACCCAAGAAGAGGAUAACAAUGGGGGAAGCUGCCGGCGACCGCGUCCUGAGCCGCCUCCACAGCGUCAGGGAGCGCAUCGGUGACUCCCUAUCUGCUCACCCCAAUGAGCUCGUCGCUGUCUUCACCAGGCUGAAAAACCUUGGAAAGGGCAUGCUGCAGCCCCACCAGAUCAUUGCUGAGUACAACAGCGCUAUCCCUGAGGCUGAGCGCGAGAAGCUGAAGGAUGGUGCCUUUGAGGACGUCCUGAGGGCAGCUCAGGAAGCUAUUGUUAUCCCCCCAUGGGUUGCACUCGCCAUCCGCCCUAGGCCUGGUGUCUGGGAGUAUGUGAGGGUCAAUGUCAGCGAGCUCGCGGUUGAGGAGCUGAGAGUCCCUGAGUACCUGCAGUUCAAGGAACAGCUUGUGGAAGAAGGCCCCAACAACAACUUUGUUCUUGAGCUGGACUUCGAGCCAUUCAAUGCAUCCUUCCCCCGUCCUUCUCUGUCCAAGUCCAUUGGCAAUGGUGUGCAGUUCCUCAACAGGCACCUGUCGUCAAAGCUCUUCCAUGACAAGGAGAGCAUGUACCCCCUGCUCAACUUCCUUCGCGCCCACAACUACAAGGGGAUGACCAUGAUGUUGAACGACAGAAUCCGCAGCCUCAGUGCUCUCCAAGGUGCUCUGAGGAAGGCUGAGGAGCAUCUGUCCAGCCUUCCAGCUGAUACCCCAUACUCUGACUUCCACCACAGAUUCCAGGAGCUUGGUCUGGAGAAGGGUUGGGGUGACUGCGCUAAGCGUGCGCAGGAGACUAUUCACCUCCUCUUGGACCUUCUUGAGGCCCCAGAUCCGUCCACCCUGGAGAAGUUCCUUGGGACCAUCCCCAUGGUGUUCAAUGUUGUUAUCCUCUCCCCCCAUGGUUACUUCGCUCAAGCUAAUGUCUUGGGUUACCCUGACACUGGAGGCCAGGUUGUCUACAUUUUGGAUCAAGUCCGCGCUAUGGAGAAUGAAAUGCUUCUGAGGAUCAAGCAGUGCGGUCUUGACAUCACCCCAAAGAUCCUUAUUGUCACCAGGUUGCUCCCUGAUGCAACUGGCACCACCUGUGGCCAGCGUCUCGAGAAGGUCCUUGGCACUGAGCACUGCCAUAUCCUUCGUGUGCCAUUCAGAACUGAGAAUGGAAUUGUUCGCAAGUGGAUCUCGCGUUUUGAAGUCUGGCCAUACCUGGAGACUUACACCGAUGACGUGGCACACGAAAUUGCUGGAGAGCUUCAGGCCAAUCCUGACCUGAUCAUCGGAAACUACAGUGAUGGAAACCUUGUUGCAUGUUUGCUUGCGCACAAGAUGGGUGUUACUCACUGCACCAUUGCCCACGCUCUUGAGAAAACUAAGUACCCCAACUCUGACCUCUACUGGAAGAAGUUUGAGGACCACUACCACUUCUCGUGCCAGUUCACCACUGACUUGAUCGCUAUGAACCACGCUGACUUCAUCAUCACCAGUACCUUCCAAGAGAUUGCUGGAAACAAGGACACCGUUGGUCAGUACGAGUCACACAUGGCGUUCACAAUGCCUGGUCUGUACCGUGUCGUUCAUGGUAUCGAUGUGUUCGACCCUAAGUUCAACAUUGUCUCGCCUGGUGCGGACAUGUCCAUCUACUUCCCUUACACCGAGUCACACAAGAGGCUGACCUCCCUCCACCCUGAGAUCGAGGAACUCCUCUACAGCCAAACCGAGAACAACGAGCACAAGUUCGUGCUGAACGACAAGAACAAGCCCAUCAUCUUCUCCAUGGCUCGUCUUGAUCGUGUCAAGAACUUGACUGGUCUGGUCGAGCUCUACGGCCGGAACAAGCGCCUGCAGGAGCUGGUCAACCUUGUGGUCGUCUGCGGUGACCACGGCAACCCGUCCAAGGACAAGGAGGAGCAGGCCGAGUUCAAGAAGAUGUUCGACCUCAUCGAGCAGUACAACCUGAACGGGCUCAUCCGCUGGAUCUCUGCCCAGAUGAACCGUGUCCGCAACGGUGAGCUCUACCGCUACAUCUGCGACACCCAGGGCGCCUUCGUGCAGCCUGCUUUCUACGAGGCCUUCGGUCUGACCGUGGUCGAGGCCAUGACCUGCGGCCUGCCCACGUUCGCCACCGCCUACGGUGGCCCGGCCGAGAUCAUCGUGCACGGCGUGUCCGGCUACCACAUCGACCCGUACCAGGGCGACAAGGCCUCGGCGCUGCUGGUGGACUUCUUCGAGAAGUGCAAGGAGGACUCGAGCCACUGGAGCAAGAUCUCGCAGGGCGGGCUCCAGCGCAUCGAGGAGAAGUACACAUGGAAGCUCUACUCGGAGAGGCUGAUGACCCUGACCGGCGUGUACGGGUUCUGGAAGUACGUGUCCAACCUGGAGAGGCGCGAGACCCGGCGGUACCUGGAGAUGCUGUACGCGCUCAAGUACCGCACCAUGGCCAGCACGGUGCCGCUGGCCGUGGAGGGAGAGCCCUCCAGCAAGUGAGGUGGCGGGGACGACCUGAAUGAAAGAAGCAGGGAGCACUUGGAGUCGUGUCUUUUUCCUGGGUUUCCUUCCGCAUUUCCUCCCCUGAUUCGGGGUUCGGAGGCCAAAAAAAAAAAGAAGAGUUUGCUUUUCCUAGGCGGGCUUUCUUCAAGAAUUAAGGUCGAUCUUCUUCCAUUGAUGUGGGGUGUUGCUGCUAGUUUUGAGUUGAUUCGGUAGUUGGGGUGAGUGAGUCUGGUCGGGAUGGAUGGGGUGUGUCAGUGUGCAGUUGGUCAUGGGUGCUCCCUUGUUUCCUGGGUGGAUGGAUGGAUGUUGCUCCUUGAAUAAACGCAGCGGCCUUGGCGCCGUUUCUGAAAUAAGAGUAGCAUGCCAUGCCUCUCUCUUUUGUGGUUCA